AUGGUUCUGAUGGAUUUCCCUGGGCCCGCACUGUGUCUAUUUCCAGGUGUACCAGUCCCAUCUCAAACCUUUCAGGCAGAGCAAGAUUUGCAGCUGUGGAAUGAGAUAGUUGAAGCAUGUUCUUCUUACUUAUCCACAGAUCCUCAGGUACCCAGUGUAUUGGAGGAGCUUUGCUUUAUUGUCAUGGGAUUUCUACAGAAACCGCAGGGCUUGGAUGAAAAAGACAAUACCAAAAGGUUCUUAUUUCAUUAUUCUAAGAGUCAUGACUCAGGCAACUCAGACAUCACGUCGUCUGUCCUGCAUCCUUUGCUGCAACUUGUUCCCCAACUCAAUGAGAGAAGACUGAAGAGAGACAAAAUGGACGUGCAAACAGAGACCUUACCCUCCCCAGAGAAUUUUAUGAUCCUUCCCCAGAUCCGUAACAAGGAGGAAUAUCAAGGGCCUGGAGCGAUUCAGAGUAGGGGCUACUUUAUUUUCAGGCCACGCAAUGGAAGGAGAUCAGCAGGUUUCCGCUAAAAAGAAUUUUUGAUUCCUGACCUAGAAUCACUGCUGUGGGAACACAGAAUAUAUGGACAAAAUGGAUUCCCUCACAAAAAUUACUCUUUACCAUUUGUACAAUUCUUAAAAAUCACUAGAAUGUAAAUGUUCCUAAAUUUAGAUUUGGUUAAGAUUGCAAAUGUUUCUUUAAUUUCUUGACUGCAUUAAAAGCAUCUUAAAAUUA